AUGGAUGUCGAGGCACUACUUGAGCAGCUGACUGUGGAGGAAAAGGUCGCCCUCACAGCUGGCAACGGCUGGUGGCAUACACAAACCAUUGAGCGCCUGGGCAUCAACCCUAUCCGCCUCUCCGAUGGCCCCAACGGUGUGCGCGGCACUCACUUCUUCGACAGCACUCCCUCCGCCUGCCUUCCAUGCGGCACUGCCAUCGGCGCGACAUUCGACACAGAACUUGUCCAGCGCAUAGGAAAUCUCCUCUCGGACGAGGCUCACGCAAAGGGCGCCCAUGUUCUCCUCGGACCUACCGUCAACAUCCAACGAAGCCCUCUCGGUGGACGCGGCUUCGAGUCAUACUCCGAAGACCCUGUGCUGUCGGGUAUCCUCGCCGGUCACUACAUCAACGGCGUCCAAAAGUCGGGCGUCGCAGCUACCCUCAAGCACUAUGUCUGCAAUGACAUGGAAAGCGAGCGCAUGGCUGUCAACGCCAUUGUCACAGAGCGCGCGCUGCGCGAGAUUUACUUGGUCCCCUUCAUGAUCGCCAUUGAGAUGGCUAAGCCGAAGGCUGUCAUGACUUCCUACAGCCAGCUGAACGGUCACCACGCAGCCGAGAACAAGCACAUUCUGCAAGAGAUCCUGAGGGACGAGUGGAAAUGGGAUGGUCUGGUCAUGUCCGACUGGUUCGGCACUUACAGCACGUCCGAGGCCAUCAAUGCCGGCCUUGACCUGGAGAUGCCUGGACCUACCCGUUGGCGUGGCGAGACCCUUGCCCACGCGGUGACAGCAAACAAGGUUAAGCGCUCUGUACUGGACUCGGCGGUGCGUAACAUCCUGAAGCUGGUUAAGCACGGCCUUGAGAACACCAAAAUUCCGCCCAACGCCCCGGAGACCGAGGCCAACACCCCUGAGCACAUCGCUCUGCUGCGCGAAGCCGCUGCCAAGUCACAGGUGCUGCUGAAGAACGAGAGGAAUAUCUUGCCGUUUGACAAGAACAAGAAGGUUGCUGUCAUUGGACCCAACGCUACGAUCGCGACAUACUGCGGCGGUGGAAGCGCUGGUCUCAGGGCAUACAACACUGUGACGCCUUUGGAGGGCAUCAAGGGCCUCGCUAAGGACGUCGUGUUUUCACAGGGCGCGUAUGGCCACCAGUCCCUACCCCUCCUCGGCAAGAACCUCCGCACCCCAGAUGGCAAGCAGAAGGGAUUUGUGCUUCGCAUCUACAACGACCCCCCGGCGCCCAACGGCGCUGCCGACUCUCGCAAGGCCCUCGAGGAGCGCGUUCUCGACGACGCCAACAUCUGGUUCGUCGACUACGAGAACCCCGACCUCAACGAGCUCUGGUGGGCCGAGACUGAGGGAGUCCUCACCCCGGAGAGAUCCGGCGAGUGGGACUUUGGUCUCUCGGUCCACGGAACUGGCGAGCUCUACAUCGAUGGUAAGCUGGUCGUCUCCAACGUGGAGAACCAGCGUCUGGGCAGCAGCUUCCUCGGCUGUGGAACCGUCGAGGAGUUGGGACGCCUGCACCUCGAGGCUGGAAAGAGCUACCGCGUCCUCGUGCGCUUCGGCUGCUCCAAGACCAGCAAGAUUAAGCCGUCCGGCACCGUUGACUUCGGUCAGGGUGGUGUCCGCUUCAGCGGAUGCCCUAGGCUUGAGCCCAAGACCGCGAUCCAGGAGGCAGUUGAUGUUGCUAAGAGUGUUGACCAGGUUGUCAUCUGCGCUGGUCUCAGCGGCGAGUGGGAGUCUGAGGGCUUCGACAGGACUCACAUGGCCUUGCCCCCUGGCACUGAUGAUUUGAUCGCGGCCGUGUUGGCUGCCAACCCCAACACUGCUGUGGUCAUUCAGAGCGGAACACCCGUUUCCAUGCCUUGGAUCGACCAGGCCGGCGCGGUGGUUCAAUCUUGGUUCGGUGGUAACGAGUGCGGCAACGGCAUUGCCGAUGUGCUCUUCGGCGAAGUCAACCCGGCUGGAAAGCUCCCGGUUACGAUGCCUCGCCGCGUGGCCGACAACCCGGCCGCCCUCAACUUCCGCUCCGACAACGGCCGCGUGCUCUACAGCGAAGACGUCUACGUCGGCUACCGCUGGUACGACACACUCGAUAUCACACCCCUCUUCCCCUUCGGCCACGGCUUGUCAUACACAACCUUCAACGUCUCCGACCUUGAAGUCUCUCGGGACUCGGACAACACGGUCACCAUCCGCGUCAAGGUCACCAACACCGGCUCGCGCUCCGGUUCUGAGGUCGUCCAGGCUUACGUCACGCCCGCGGCGAACACGCCUCUGACAUGCACCAUUCGCGACACCAUCACUCGCCCGGCCAAGGAGCUGAAGGGCUUCUCGAAGGUCACGCUUGAGGCCGGUGCCAGCACCACGGCUGAGAUCACACUGGACUUGCUGCGCGCAACUAGCUACUGGGCCGAGCUUGAGGACUGCUGGCGUAGUGAUGCUGGCAAGUACGGUAUUCUGGUGGGAACCAGCAGUCGCGGCGACUUCUUGGAGUCAUCCUUCGUCGUUGACAAGACGAGUAGAUGGACCGGUCUGCGGGCCUAA